CGAGAGCGCGAGAGCGGACAACGAACGGGAGAAUUGGGAGCGGAGUCACGUCGGGAGGGGCCAGAAGGCCCACCACGUGAAUAGAAGAAGCAUUCACUAUCUCUCUCUCUCCUUUUCUCACCGCGUCGCUCGUUCAUCCAUACAUCCCUUUUUACGUCCCAUCUUUCCUCCUUUCUUUCUUCUUCUCUCUUCCCUUCUCGCUUCAAGUCACUGUUCAUUUCUUCCCCAAAACCCUCUCCCUCUCACAAAAACCUUAGAGCCCACCCUUUAAAGAAUACCAAAAUUCAGGAACCAAAAUGAAUGAAAAUAGUGAAAACAUAGAGGAAAUCUCCCUUUCUUCAAUGAAAGAUCCUUAGCUCAGUGCAAAAAAAGACCUAGCUACAGCGAAUCGAAGAAAAGAAGAAGAGAGGAGAGAUAGCCAUCAAACUACCAAAAGGGAAAUUGAGAAAUUGGAGGUAGCAAGAACCCACCCCCAGAGAUCAAAAGAGAAAGAGAAGAGAGACAACCUACCACGAAAAAGAAGAAAAGAUCAAUACCCAAAAAGAGGAAUAUAGAGAUAGACAUACACGACACGACAGUGAUGGACUCAACAUCAGGUGGUGCAUCAGAGACCAACGCCGGCGAAGGCCCGUCAGCAGCAGGACUCGGAGCCAUAGAAGGAUCAACGGCAGCGCCUCCGAGUCGGUACGAGUCCCAGAAGAGACGAGACUGGAACACGUUCUUACAGUACCUGAAGAACCACAAGCCCCCUCUAUCGCUGGCAAGGUGCAGUGGGGCACACGUAAUCGAGUUCCUCAAGUACUUAGAUCAGUUCGGUAAGACGAAAGUGCACCUGACUGGUUGUGCCUACUUCGGACACCCAAACCCUCCUGCGCCCUGUGCGUGUCCGCUUAAGCAGGCCUGGGGAAGCCUCGACGCGCUCAUUGGACGGCUCAGGGCUGCCUAUGAGGAGAACGGUGGACGGCCUGAGUCCAAUCCGUUUGGGGCGAGAGCCGUGAGGAUAUAUCUGAGGGAGGUGAGAGAAGGGCAAGCCAAGGCAAGGGGGAUACCAUAUGAGAAGAAGAAGCGAAAGAGACCAACGACGACGACAACCGCAACGCCUUUAGCGGCAAAUGCUUCGUCAGCGGUGACUAAAAUGGUUGAUGGUGGUGGUGGCGGUUCCUCUUCAGAAGCUGGGUCUGCUAAUGUUGCUCCCGCUACUACUUCCGUAUAGCUUCACUAAUUCUUCUCUUCCCUUUUUUUUCUUUAUUUAUUUUUAAUUGUUAUUUCGAGUUAUAUUAUAUGGCGAUUCUCUUUAUUAUCUUGAUCAACUCUAUGACCUGAUGAUCGAAACCAAAUGGAAAUCUUCUAUCUCUCAUUUGAGAUCAGUCAAAUUGGAUAAACCCCAGUUUUUUUUU